GCUCCAUUUCUUAUUUUUACCGAGUCUGAUAGCUCCAGAUAUAGCUCCCUUGCCCGGUUGUCCAUAUAGUCCAGCGAGCUUUUGAUUUUUCUUCAAAAGAGAUCUCUAUUCACACGAACACUUGUCUUCAAAAUGCAGUAGCCGAAUCAAACAAAGCUUCACAGGUACCUUUCUCCAACGGUCACUGGAGUGAAAGACUCAAAAUGGGGAUUUUCGAUGGAUUGCCGAUUAGUCCUGAGAAAGCAUAUUUAAGGGAAGAGAUUGCAAGAAUAGAUGAGAGUUGGGUUGUUGCACGUUUUGAUUCUUUACCUCAUGUUGUCCAUAUUUUAACAUCUAAGGAUCGUGAAGGGGAAGUUCAAGUUCUAAAAGACCAAAAUGAUGUUAUUGAGGAGGUGGUGGAUGAAGUGGUUCAUGCUUAUCACAGUGGCUUCAACAGAGCAAUUCAGAAUUAUUCACAGAUAUUACGGUUAUUCAGCGAGUCUGCUGAAAGUGUCAAGGAGUUAAGGGUUGAUUUGGCUGAGGCAAAGAAGCGUCUUGGCACCCGCAAUAAGCAAUUACAUCAAUUGUGGUAUCGGUCUGUUACCUUACGGCAUAUCAUCUCACUCUUAGAUCAAAUUGAAGGCAUAGCUAAGGUUCCAGCCCGAAUUGAGAAGCUCAUUGCAGAAAAGCAGUUUUAUGCCGCAGUUCAGUUGCAUCUUCAAUCAGCAAUAAUGCUGGAGCGAGAGGGCCUUCAAACGGUUGGUGCUCUUCAAGAGGUUCGAUCUGAGUUGACAAAGUUGCGAGGAGUUCUUUUUUAUAAAGUUUUGGAGGAUUUGCAUGAUCAUCUUUAUAAUAAGGGUUUAUAUAGUGUGGUUGCCUCAAACUUGCAUGAAAUGGAUGAUGAAGUUCCAACCACUGUAGCUGUUGCAUUUACAACGAACAAUUCACAGUCUCUUUCUAGAAGAACUAGGCUUAAAGGUGACAACCAGUUUGGUGCUCAUGGACUUGCAGAUGGAUCACAUAGUUCAACAUUCGAUGGCCAUGAUGAGGAGGGUUCUCCUGGAAUACAUGAAAAUGGUGGGGAGGGAAGUAAAGACAUGAAAAUGUUUUCUCAUCAAAUUCCAGCAUGGCUUUCAAACUCUACUCCAGAUGAAUUUAUCGAAGCAAUGAGAAAGAGUGAUGCUUCACUUCAUAUAAAGUAUUUGCAGACCAUGGUGGAGUGCCUUUGCAGGCUUGGCAAAAUUGCAGCUGCUGGUGCUGUUAUAUGCCAAAGAUUGCGGCCUACAAUUCAUGAGAUUAUAACAUCAAAGAUUAAAGCUCAUGCAGAGCAUAUUAAUCUCUCAAAGUCAGGUAUUUGUCAGGCUGCUCGAACUGGUACGACAGGUCUCCAUUUUAUGAAGGGGCAGUUAGAAAGUUAUCAGUUGCCAAAACACAAGCGUCAGAAUGGGAUGUCAUUGGCUGGGACUCUAUUGGCAGUUAGCCCUGUCUCACCAGUGAUGGCUCCCUUGGGAAAAGCACAGACUGCUGCAAGAGAUCUCCUCAAAUCAAUUUUGGAUACUGUUGAAAGAAUAUUUGAAAACCAUGUUGUUGUUGGAGAGCUUCUGGAAUCCAAGUCCAGCCAACCUGACAUAAACACACCCAACUCUAUUGUAGCUGAUGCAAACUGGAACCCUGACUCUGAAGCAUCAAUUACUGGUGGCUAUAGUAUUGGCUUUUCCUUGACAGUUUUACAGAGUGAAUGCCAACAACUCAUAUGUGAGCUUUUGAGAGCAACUCCUGAAGCAGCAUCUGCAGAUGCUGCUGUGCAAACAGCUAGGCUUGCUAGUAAAUCUCCUUCCAAAGAAAAAAGGGAUGGAUCAGAAGACGGUCUUACAUUUGCUUUUCGCUUCACAGAUGCCACUAUAUCAAUUCCUAACCAGGGAGUUGAUCUCAUUCGCCAAGGAUGGAGUAGGAAAGGUCCCAAUGUGUUACAGGAGGGUUAUGGGACUGCAGCUAUCUUGCCUGAACAAGGCAUAUACCUAGCAGCAUCAAUAUACCGGCCCGUUCUUCAGUUUACGGAUAAGGUUGCUUCAAUGCUGCCAAAGAAGUAUUCCCAGCUUGGGAAUGACGGAUUGCUAGCAUUUGUUGAGAAUUUUGUGAAGGACCAUUUCUUACCGACUAUGUUUGUAGAUUAUCGGAAAGGCGUUCAGCAAGCGAUAUCAAGUCCAGCUGCCUUUCGGCCACGAGUGCAUACCGGCACUACUUAUGUUUCAUCAAUUGAGAAGGGUCGGCCUGUCUUGCAGGGACUUUUGGCAAUUGAUUUCUUAGCAAAAGAGGUGCUUGGUUGGGCUCAAGCAAUGCCUAAAUUUGCUGCAGACCUUGUGAAGUAUGUGCAAACUUUCCUGGAGAGAACGUAUGAAAGAUGCCGGACUUCAUACAUGGAGGCAGUUCUUGAGAAGCAGAGUUAUAUGCUUAUUGGGAGACAUGAUAUUGACAAAUUGAUGCGACUUGAGCCAGCAAGUGCCUUUUUACCAAAUGCACAUGGUCAGUUGGGUACUGGAAAUAAUGGCAGUGAUGCUGAGGCUCUUGAGGUUGAGUCAGAACUGAGUGAACUCUUCUUGAGUUUGCGGCCAAUCAAGCAGGAGAAUCUAAUUCGUGAUGAUAACAAACUAAUUUUGCUGGCAUCCCUGAGUGAUUCAUUGGAGUAUGUUGCAGAAUCAAUCGGAAGGCUUGGACAAGCAACCCUAAGAGCAUCAAAUCAGGUAGAAGAGAGUAGCAAGCAGCAUCAUAUUCGAUCAAGCAGUGCACCUUCUAGAGAUAUUCUAUCAUUUGCCAAUGAAUACAGAAAAUUGGCAAUUGAUUGCCUUAAGGUUUUACGUGUAGAAAUGCAGCUGGAGACAAUUUUUCAUAUGCAGGAAAUGACGAGCAGGGAAUAUAUGGAGGACCAAGAUGCAGAAGAGCCAGAUGACUUUAUUAUUUCACUUACCGCACAGAUAACACGUAGGGAUGAAGAGAUGGCACCUUUUAUCUCAGGAACAAAGCGAAAUUACAUAUUUGGUGGAAUUUGUAAUAUUGCAGCAAAUGCAGCCAUAAAGGCUUUAGUCGACAUGAAAUCUAUCAACCUUUUUGGAGUUCAGCAGAUAUGUCGGAAUUCAAUUGCUAUGGAGCAGGCCUUGGCAGCUAUUCCCUCAAUUGAUAGUGAAGCUGUGCAACAGAAAUUAGACCAUGUCCGCACCUAUUAUGAACUAUUAAAUAUGCCAUUUGAGGCCUUGCUUGCCUUCAUUAUGGAGCAUGAAAGCUUGUUUGCCGCUUCAGAGUAUGCCAAUCUUCUGAAGGUCAAUGUCCCUGGAAGGCAGAUUCCAGCAGAUGCACUAGAUCGAUUAUCAGAAAUUUUACCUUGUUAGCAUUUACUUGAGUGGAUUUGUUCUUGUACUGAAACCAUCGAGCAAUAUUUACUUUUGGAUGGUGUUCUGGCAUGUAUAGCGUUCUCCGUUUAAGCAAUUAUGCACUACAAUGGGUUCCGAAGCCUCUUGGUGUCAUAUUAGCUGCCUAAAUGUGCAACCGCGCUGUGGUAAAUUUUUGUCAUAAACCAUUGGCACGAUGAACAUGAUGUGUUUGGUUACAGUUUAUUCUUUUUUGUGCAGUAUCAAUUUUGUAUGCAUGUCUUUCAGUUUGGCUUCUAUGGAGAUUGAGAGGUUGAGUUUUCUGUUGGUGAUAAAGGUUUGAGAUGCCAUUAUGAACUCCUUUAUGUUGAUUAUUGUUCCCUGUAAAUUGCCCAUAUUAAUUUUCAUAAGAAUUUCAGUUCCUAGAUUAAGUUUAUCAUUAGAUUAA